AAUGAGCCUUUCACCUUCGACGGUUUCUGCGCCGAAUAAAACUCUUCGAGUGACUCGAAAUGAGAAAUCGGAUACUGUAAUCCAUAGCAGUUCUGUUAAACAAACCGAAAAGCUAGUAAUAGACAAUGGAAGGGUGAAAUCCGCUCCAUUCGUAAUUAGAAAAGCCAAGAAAAUGCCUCCGAAUUCAUUAGGAAAAAUGAAAGUGAAUAGAAAUUACUCCAGGCACAAUAGCCAACAAGCAUCACCUAAGGAUUUUCUCUUCGUAAGUAAAUUGGAAAAGAACUACUUUAGCGAUUCUGAAGUCUAUAAGGAAAAAAUAAAGCGAAAUAAAUACCCAAAAAGUAAAGAUGAAGAUAUUGAAAGACGAGAGAUGGAUGACAAAUUACUUCCUCUAUUGAAUACUAAUAAAACAACAGCAGACUCUAGGCGAAAUGAUAAUAUACUUAAAUCUACAACAGAGAAGCUACAAUCAAUUGAACAAAAAUUAAAUGUGUCAAAAAUAUCUUCUGUCGAAAUUUUGUCUAAAAUUUUAGGGGCGUUACAAUUCCAAAGUCCUACCAAAUCAGCUCGAGUUUAUAGGUUUCGAAAAGAGAGGAGUUUUAUUAUACAAAUGCCUAAUGGCGAUUUCUAUGAAGUUGCAAAUUCACCUGAUAAGAGAGGAGGUGAAUCGCCGUUAUCUACAACCAAAAAUGGUCAAUUAUCGAGAUCAGGAUCAUUAACAGUUUUGAAACGACCGACUUCCAGUCAAAGCAGCGAUCGACCUUUAAGCAGACAUGGUUCGAAGGCUUCUACACAAUUUUCUUUAGAAUCCAACAGCUAUUCGAGCGUUGAUUUAGGUAAUGAAAAGCUACCAGAUAUUAACACUGCCGAAGCUUCGCGUGUUUGCUCUGUCAGAUUACGUCAUAUUAUUAAGAAAAUCGAAAAGGAUGAUAUAUCCAGGGAAGAUCUUAUAAAGAACCUUGCGUAUGCAGCAUCUGUCUUGGAGGCAACUUACAUUGAUGAAACAAAGAAACGGAAAAACCCUACUCAAUCACUUACGUCGUCAAUUCGCAACGACGAUUUGAGGUAGAAAUUCGGCGUGUUUUAGUUUUAGACUAACUCACAAAAAACGCAUAUGUAUUAUUUGCAUCAGACACUAACAUAUAUAUGGAUGUAUAUGUAUUUCUGCAUAAAUGUACAUAUAUAUGUUGAAAAGUAUCUAAGGAAGAGAAUCAUAAUUAAGAAACUAAUACGUAAACAAAAAUAACAGAACAAACAUAUACUAUAAAUAUAUAUUAAUAUAUGUAUAUAUAAAUAUAGUUAUAUAUAUAUAUCUUGUUUUAUAUAUGCGUUUUGUCAAAAUAUAAAUAUAUAGAUAAAAAUAUC